AUGUUUGCAAGUGAUGUUGAUGAAUGCCUGCAGCGAGCAUUUAUGGUUUUCGGCCUGAACCAAGUGCCUUUUUUGGCAGGGCUUGCUGCGACGCAGAAGCUACUUUUGGCAUCGGCCAUGGAGGUGGAGAAUUACAAGCCCGGAGAGCUUUUGACUGGAGAUGUGCAGUUUGCUUUGGUUUUUGAUGGCACCUUGCUGGUGCAUCGCAAUGAUGCCCUUGAAGAGGAGUUGGGCCACGGGGAGCGGUACAUCAACUCAACCUUGUUCUCACCACAGGACGAGGCAGAGCGGAUGUAUGAGGAGAGUGAGGAUGAAGCUCCUGAGGCAGCCAUCCAGCUUGUUGCCGGAGAGUUGGGCCUCACAGUGGGCACCCUUGCAGGUAAGCGUGCAGCACAGGCUUUCAAGGAGCUUGGCGUAUCACCAGUAUUGAGUGCCGAGGAGACCACAGACAUUGCCCUUGAGGUUCUGCAGGCGCACCGAGUGUCGGUGCUGCGGCAUUUGUCCUGCAAGCAGAUUGAGCGUUUGGUGAAGCAGUUAGUGCCUCGGGUCUACGUCCAUGACACCUUCAUUUUUGAGCAGGGGGAGAUUGGCACCGCUUUCUACAUUGUGGCCAGCGGGCAGGUUCAAGUGAUCAUUGAUGGCAAACCAGUUCGUACGCUGGCUAGGCAUGGACACUUUGGAGAACGUGCGCUGCUGUUCGAGGAGCCUCGUACAGCGACAGUUCGAGUUUUGAGCAGCGAGGCAGAGCUUUGGUGUUUGGAGAAGGCUGCCUUUGUGGAGGUUCUUACUGAGAACCUGCGUGAGGAAAUCAUGCGGCGGAUUGAAAUUCAGGACUCCAACGUUGAGCUUCAAGAUCUCACUCAUGUGAGAGUCAUUGGCAUCGGUGGUUUUGGUCAUGUGAGGCUUGUUGAAGACCGUGUCACUGGCUUGAGGUACGCACUCAAGCAGGUCAAGAAGGUCGAUGGCCAGGUGCCUCCGCAUGUUCGUGGUGAGUGUGAGCUUUUGGCUGAAAUGGACCACCCUUUCAUCCUGGACGUCAUGAACACGUACGAGACUUCUUCCAGCUUCUAUAUCCUGAUGGAGUAUAUCAUGGGUGGAACUUUGCGACACGUCAUCAAGGAAAUGCAGAAACCCUUUGAGCGCUCAGAAGCCAGAUUCUAUGUAGGGUCCCUGAUUCUGGUCUUGGAGGUCUUGCAUGACAGGAAUAUUGUGUACCGGGACCUGAAGCCGGAGAAUGUCAUGGUAGAUUCCAGAGGCUAUGUCAAGCUUAUUGACUUUGGAAUUGCCAAACGUUUGGAUGAGGAUGGCCGUACUUUCACAUGCAUUGGCAGCCCACACUACAUGGCCCCCGAGGCAAUUCUGAGCCGUCGAGAAGGAUAUGGCACGGAAGUUGACACCUGGGCAUUGGGUAUUUUGCUCUAUGAAUUAGUCUGUGGAUGUCAACCAUUCGGAGACGCUGUGAAGGAGAAGCAGGAAGUGUUUGAGGCUGUGCUGAAGCAGGCGCUGAUGUUUCCUGCAAGCUACAACGAUGAAUGUGGGAAAGACCUCCUGCAGGCCAUGCUUGACAAAAGCCCAGAAAACCGACUUGGAGCUGGUGUGUUUGGAUGGGAUGACAUCAAGGAGCAUGAGUACUUUGUCCACACCGACAAGGGAAACCUAUUUGAUGAUAUUGUUGAGCGUCUAUUGCUGCCACCUUAUCUACCUGCUGGCGAAUUUUCUUGCGAUGAAGUGCCCCAGGAAGUUAGCAUGAACAAGUGGAAAGCUGAAAAGACCAUUGCUCGCACACGCACGCGGCAGUUGAGGAGACCUGCUACUUUCGCGACUUUUACCUCCAAGUAA